AUUGUAAUUUGUUAUAUGUAGAACUGUAAAAUACAAUAUGCAUAUGGAAAAAUCGGUAAUUUUUUUCUGUAUUCAGUCAUAACUUUAUAUUGCAUACAACGCCAUCUGUUUUUAAAAUAUAGGUUUACAAUUAAACUAGUGGGAAAUUAUUUCCCAGUGCCCAUACGGUACACAUCAUAUUUACUACACUUCAGUUUAUUUUUAAUUUAUCAUAGUUUAUCGAAUGUUCUAGACGAAAACUUAUAACUGAUUAUUUUGAAUGAUAAUUUAGAAUACGCGCGUUUUUAUAAUGUUAUCAUUAAUAUUUGUUCAUUAUUAUUUAUUUUUUCACGGUUGAUUAAAAGAUAAUCAAUUUUGCCGUGAUUAUUUAAGCAUCGUUUUAAAGUCAAUAAUAGUACACUAAACUUUGACUUAAAAAGUUUAAAUUUUUUUAGAUGAAUAAGAAAUUGUCGGACGAAGAUAUUAUUGCAUUUUUCAAUGAAAUAUCUGAUGAUAUGGCUUUUGAUUCAGACUUAGGAGGUGAUUCUGAUGAUGAGGAUAAUUUACCAUAUGUUCAAACAGUUAAAAACAAAAAAUUAAGAUCACAUACAAUUAAUCAAACAGAAAUAUUGAAUGAAUCUAUGCCUUCGUCAUCCCCUAGUCCUGUAACAUUAGGUGAAAAUACAUCAUUUGAUUUUCUUGAAGGUUUUAAGCCAAUAGCAUCAACAUCAAUAGAGCCUACUCAAGUAAUUGAAAUUUCUAAUUCACCAGAUUAUGGUAUUCAAAAUCCUUCUUUUUCUAUAUCUUCAAGAACAAGAUCUUCCAGAAUUACUAAUACUUUAGUACCUGAAGUACCAGAAGUAUGUUCUUAAUUAGAUUAUGAAAAUGAAAUUGCUGGUGAAGAGUUUGAUGAAGAUUUUGUCUUAGAAGAUACUAAUAAUACACAAUAUGGAGACAAUGAUUAUGAGCUGCUAUCUAUUUUCAAUGCCCAUCAGGAGUCUGAAGAUAGUGACAUAGAUGAACUAAGUACUAAGGAAAUUGAAACAAACACUAACACUUAUCCAUUACAGUUUUCCAAAAUUGGUAAUCAACCUGAUAAAUAUUUGAAUUCUCGUUAUAGAGCGAAAAAAGGUCCUGUCGAUCCAUAUUUAUAUAAAAAGAGUCCUUUGGAUAUUUGGGAAC